GGUGCUCCGCCCCCGGCCGCUCCUCCCUCGUUGGGCAGCGCUGCUCAUGCCUUCCUGUUGGUCCGAGCUGGGAGAAGUUCACUCUGAUCAGCUGAUUCCAACUGACAACAAGAGAGGAGGAAGCCUGGAAGGCAGCAGAGGAGGAGGGGGCGGAGAUGUUGCUGAGGAUGGAUCCGUCGGUGCCCUAGAGCAGCCUGGGUCCCGUCGGCACUCCGCGUCCCCCACAUCGCCUUGCCGCGGCCAAGCUGCUCCGGAUGAGUGAAACCUUCUCCCCCUAUUCUAGGGAGCCCUUGAAAUAUUGGCUCGAGCUUCACAUGUAUGGAACAGCUCCUCAACACUUUAUUUCAUCACUAUAACUCUGUGACUGAGGCCUCACUGAUGAGCCUGCCUUUGUGAACGUAGCUGACCUCUCAUUGCGCAUCAGACACCACAGUUUUCUCUGCCCUUUGUGGAGGAUGAAAUCUUUAAACCCAGUCGACAUUGCUGCUGCUGAUACAGGACACUUGGAGGCAGAGCGUUAAACAUUUGAACGCUUGUUGAGUGUGCAUAAAUUCUUAGCCGGACAGGUUUUCCUUUUUAAAGUGUUCAGAACCCUGUGGAAACACUAGCCACCCCUUGACUCUUGUCUGUCUUCCUUCAUUCCUGGGAGCGUACAGUAGCGAGUGCUCCAGGGUGGGUGGUUUGUAGACCAGUCUAAGUUAUGAGUGCCCAGACAUCCCCAGCAGAGAAGGGCCUGAAUCCGGGGCUCAUGUGCCAGGAGAGCUAUGCCUGCAGCGGGACUGACGAAGCUGUCUUUGAGUGCGAUGAGUGCUGCAGUUUGCAGUGUCUCCGCUGUGAGGAGGAGCUGCACAGACAAGAGCGCCUACGAAACCAUGAGCGGAUAAGGCUCAAAGCUGGCCACGUCCCUUACUGUGACCCCUGCAAGGGCCCCAACGGGCAUUCUCCAGGUGUUAGGCAGAGGGCAGCCGUGAGGUGCCAGACCUGCAAAAUCAACUUGUGCCUGGAGUGCCAGAAGAGGACUCAUUCAGGAGGUAACAAGAGGAGACACCCCAUUACUGUGUACCUUGUCAGUAAGGUCCAGGAAUCCUUGGAGGGGGAAGAGAUGGAUGAGGAGACCAAGAGGAAGAAGAUGACAGAGAGGGUUGUGAGCUUCCUCCUGGUAGAUGAAAAUGAAGAGAUUCAGGUAACAAAUGAAGAGGACUUUAUUAGGAAGCUGGACUGUAAGCCUGAUCAACAUCUCAAGGUGGUUUCCAUUUUUGGGAAUACUGGUGAUGGAAAGUCCCAUACCCUCAACCACACUUUCUUCUAUGGCCGAGAAGUCUUCAAAACCUCUCCUGCUCAGGAGUCCUGCACAGUGGGAGUGUGGGCAGCCUAUGACCCAGUCCAUAAAGUAGCAGUGAUAGACACAGAAGGACUCUUGGGGGCCACCGUGAAUCUAAGCCAGAGAACACGGCUGCUGCUAAAGGUCCUGGCCAUCUCAGACCUGGUCAUCUAUCGAACUCAUGCAGACCGGCUACACAAUGACCUCUUCAAAUUCCUUGGGGAUGCCUCGGAAGCUUACCUGAAGCACUUUACCAAGGAACUCAAGGCUACCACUGCACGCUGUGGCCUGGAUGUUCCCUUAUCCACCCUGGGCCCUGCAGUUAUUAUUUUCCAUGAGACUGUGCAUACUCAACUUCUGGGUUCUGAUCACCCCUCAGAGGCGCCGGAGAAGCUCAUCCAGGACCGCUUCAGGAAGCUGGGUCGCUUCCCUGAAGCCUUUAGCUCCAUUCAUUACAAGGGAACAAGGACAUACAAUCCCCCGACAGACUUCUCUGGGCUUCGGCGUGCUUUGGAGCAGCUGCUAGAGAACAAUACCACCAGGUCUCCCCGGCACCCGGGGGUCAUCUUCAAAGCCCUGAAGGCACUGAGUGACCGCUUCAGCGGUGAAAUCCCCGAUGACCAAAUGGCGCACAGUUCAUUUUUUCCAGAUGAGUACUUUACCUGCUCCUCGCUCUGCCUCAGCUGUGGGGUUGGAUGUAAGAACAGCAUGAACCAUGGCAAGGAAGGAGUACCUCAUGAAGCCAAGACUCGCUGUAGGUACUCGCACCAGUAUGACAACCGAGUUUAUACGUGUAAGGCCUGCUAUGAGAGAGGCAAGGAAGUCAGCGUGGUGCCCAAAACAUCUGCCUCCACUGACUCUCCCUGGAUGGGACUUGCAAAGUACGCCUGGUCUGGGUACGUGAUCGAAUGUCCUAACUGCGGUGUGGUCUAUCGGAGCCGGCAGUACUGGUUUGGGAACCAAGAUCCUGUGGAUACAGUGGUGCGGACCGAGAUUGUACAUGUGUGGCCUGGGACCGAUGCAUUUCUGAAGGACAACAACAAUGCUGCCCAGCGUCUGUUGGAUGGGAUGAACUUUAUGGCUCAGUCAGUAUCUGAGCUUAGCAUCGGACCCACGAAGGCUGUGACUUCUUGGCUAACAGACCAGAUCGCACCUGCCUACUGGAGGCCCAACUCCCAGAUUCUGAGCUGUAACCAGUGUGCCACAUCCUUCAAAGACAACGACACCAAGCAUCACUGCCGGGCCUGCGGUGAGGGCUUCUGUGACAGCUGUUCAUCCAAGACACGGCCGGUGCCUGAGCGGGGCUGGGGGCCUGCACCCGUCCGGGUGUGUGACAACUGCUACGACGCCAGGAAUGUUCAGUUAGAUGUGACUGAGGCACAGGCAGAUGAUGAAGGGGGAACACUGAUUGCCCGGAAGGUGGGCGAGGCCGUGCAGAACACCUUGGGAGCCGUGGUGACAGCUAUUGAUAUACCACUAGGCCUGGUGAAAGACGCUGCUAGGCCGGCCUACUGGGUGCCUGACCAUGAGAUUCUGCACUGCCACAACUGUCGCAAGGAGUUCAGCGUCAAGCUCUCCAAGCACCACUGCCGAGCUUGUGGGCAGGGCUUCUGUGAUGAGUGCUCCCAUGACCGGAGGGCUGUCCCCUCUCGAGGCUGGGACCAUCCAGUCCGAGUCUGCUUCAACUGCAAUAAAAAGCCCGGUGACCUUUAACCCCAGCUCCCUCUCUGACUCCUUCACAAUUCCUUAGGUUCUCAGGGUUAGAAACAGAAGUCUCACUGAGGUAGGCCCUCCUGGUCACCUGUUGUGGUGUGUGUGCUCUCCUGUCACAUCCCUGGGCCACUUUUCCCUCAGUGGAGGCGAGCCUGGCUGUAGACCUGAAGGCAUGAACCACCUCAGGGCAAAGGACGGAGCAGCUCUCAGUAAAGGUUAAUGGACCUGAGUCCAUUGCAUUUAUUUCAGUUAAAAAUAAUGACUCUAUCUACCUGUAUCUCCAUAUAUCCAUGUAGAGGGGAUUUGGAGUGAGAGGGCUGCUUCUCUCUGAAGGCUUCCCCAGCGUGUCUCCAGCACAGGGUUCAGGUGGCCUUGGGAGCCAGUCUUCCUCAUGAAGCCAACCAGGUUCAGAGUCACCUUUGCUGCAUCUCCCCGAGCUUGGCAGAGGCUUUCCUGCUCUUUCCCCUCCUGCUCCUGGGAUGCCUGGAUAGCUGUCUGGGUUCAAACCUCCUCUCACCUGAAGCAGUCUAGGGGGUUCCACCAGGCUUUCCCAGAGCAAGUCCUGGUCCUUGGGUCCAGCCUGUCGUAGGCAGAGAUCAUCUGGCUUUUGAAAGCCACUGGUGUAUGUAGAGGGUCGGAGGGGUAGGGCCUUAGACAUAAAAGUCAAGAUGCAGGUGCUUGUGGCCCCUACAGUUGGGAUGUCCAGGAGGAAGUAGGUCUCACCUAACAGGACCUGUGCUCCAUGAUGCUUCUGUCUCCACGAGGCUUUCUUAAUGGGCCAUACCCUGCUCCUGAGUCAGCCUGACACUUCCCCUUUGCCCUCGGAGUCCCAACCCGCUUCUGAGUGUCAUACUAGAACUUUUAUUACUCAAAGUGUCUUAUUCUUUGUUUCCAGACAUACAACCCCUCUGUCUAUUAGAGGGGGAGAGGUGAUCAUGAGAAACCUUCCAGGGAAACAGCACAGAAUGAACUGUUGGUUGUAUGUUUUUUUUUAAAGAAAAAAAAUAUAUAAAUAUAUAUGUAUGAAUAUUUCAACAGAUCAUAAGGAAAAAAUUCUCCUUGGUUCUUAUAAAAGAAACCAAAUGAACAAAUGUUUCUCAACAAGAGCUUGGACAUCAUAUCGAUCAUGACUGGAAAGCCUGUUGUGCUGAACUCCCGUUAGGGUGGAGUUUAUCUUCAGUGGCCAAAAAAGAAGAAUGAAAGCAACAUCGUUAUUGAUUGGACUGAUGGGUGGGUGGACCUUGGGGAGGUAUGUGGGCAGUCAUUUCUGGGGUGUGUAUCUGCUUGACGUGAGCCCUGGAAUGGAUUGGUCCUUCUUAGACCUGUUCCUUUCUGCCUCCUGAGGCCCUACUCUAGAAAUGUGUCAUCUAUUCACCACCAUAAAGGAAUCUUCCUGCUGAA